AUGGCAGAUGAGUUGGGGACUGAUGCACAAUGUCCCUAUGCCUUCCCCGUGGCAGUAAAGGUUACAGCGGCAUUGCAUUUCUAUGCAUCUGGGUCGUUCCAGCACCCCCUUAGCUCCAUUGGAGGCAUUUCACAAUCUGCCAUAAGUUCGGCUAUACAUGCAGUUACAUCAGGUCUAGUCCGACAUGCUGGGGAAUACAUCAAAUUCCCCGUCACACCUGACAACCAGGAAAGAGCAAAGCAGGCAUUUUGUGCGAAGUAUGGGUUCCCUGGUGUCCUUGGUGUUAUAGACUGCACCCAUGUGCAGCUACGUGCCCCAUCAGAAAACGCACUUGUAUACAUCAACCGCAAGGGAACCUAUUCAAUCAACGUACAAGUCAUUUGCGAUGCUUAUAGUAAAAUCACCCAUGUCUUUGCGAAUUAUCCUGGCUCGAGCCAUGACUCAUUCAUACUGGCAAACUCUACCAUUCCUGCCAUCUUCGAGGGGAAUCCCCCGUUGGAUGGGUGGCUGUUAGGGGACAACGGGUAUCCGUUAAAGACAUGGCUGAUGACACCAUAUUUGAUGCCAGCAACAAUUCGUGAAAUGCAGUUUAAUAGAAAACACACACAAACACGCUGUGUAAUUGAACGAACGUUCGGCAUACUGAAAAUGCGCUUCAGGUGUUUGGAUAGAUCAGGAGGCACUUUACAGUACAGUCCUCAAAAGGUCGCAGCAUUCUUUGUGGCGUGUUGUGUUUUACACAACAUUUCCAUAAAUCAAGGUUGUGUUGUUGACAUAGAUGAGGAAAUAUUAGAGGACUUAAGGAGAGGUGAUGGUGAACUGCAUGUGCCGAUGCCACUUAACCCAAAUGCCCCAGCAGCAGCACGGGAGAGGAGAGCUUAUUUGACAGAAGAACUGCUGCAUCGUCUAUAG